AUCUCAAAACUCCACCAGCUCCGCCACCAACUCAACCACUGCCCUUACCGCCAACUAGUCCUUCAUCACCUCCUCGGGUUUCACAAGAUCUAACUUUGGAAGUUCAAAAACUUAAUAAGAAAAUCGCGACAAUUGAAGGAGAAAAUCUUCAAAAUUGUCAACUCAUCGAAACUCUUGAAGAAUCCCUUAAUGAUACAGAGAAAAAUCUCCAAGUUGCUAGGCAAGAGUUACAGGUAUUACAGCAUGAAAAAUUGGAUCUUGUAAGUCAAGUAAAGAAUUUGAAAAAUCAAUUAGAAGAUGCAACUAUACAAUUUGAAAAAACAAGAUCAACUGUUCAACAAGAAAAGGAAGCUAUCGAAGCAAUAUUGGAAAAAGAAAAACGUGCAAAGCAAAUGGCAGAAAGAGCGAAAUUGCAACUGGAAUCUCAGAUGGAACAACUUAUGGCAAAGAAAAGCAAGUUUAUGUGCAUGAAUUCAGCGUUUAAAGAUUCAGAAAUGCUAUCACAAUUAUUGCUGAAAGUGGAUGAAACUGGGUGGGAAAAGUGUAUUCAGUUGUAUGAAAAUGAAAUGAGGCAGAGAACUUCGAAACAAGUUAUGCUAUCUAGAAAGAUAACUCAUCGACUGCAUGGUAUUACGAAAGCUUCAUUAUAG